GGCGCCAUAUUGCGGUCAGCUGUGUUAUUGGGAGGCGCAGGCAGGGGUUGUGGCCAGAAAUAAAAGCUACGCAGUUACCUAACAACAACUACUACAGUGAAUGGGUAAAACCUUGACGUUGCAGGCGCAACAUGGCAAGCCCAAUAAAAGAUAACUCUAGAAUGAAGAGCUACAAAAACAGAGCGCUGAAUCCUCAGGAGAUGCGCAGACGAAGAGAAGAAGAAGGGAUUCAGCUUCGGAAACAAAAGCGAGAAGAGCAGUUGUUUAAGAGGAGAAAUGUCUCGCUGCCUUCUAAUGAAGAAUCCAUGUUAGAAUGCCCGGUACAGGAUCCCGACAUAAGCUCUACAGUUCCACGUGCAGCAGAAGGAGUAAUAACGCCCGAUAUGGUUCAGAUGAUUUUCUCCGAUGAUCCUGAUCAGCAGCUUGUGGCAACACAAAAGUUUAGAAAACUACUUUCCAAAGAACCUUAUCCACCUAUAGAUGAAGUAAUACUUACACCAGGAGUUGUAAACAGAUUUGUAGAGUUUCUCAAAAGAAGUGAGAAUUGCACACUGCAGUUUGAAGCAGCAUGGGCUUUAACGAAUAUAGCGUCAGGAACUUUCCUACAUACUAAAGUUGUUAUCGAAACUGGUGCAGUACCAAUUUUUAUAGAGUUGCUCAAUUCAGAAUAUGAAGAUGUACAGGAACAGGCAGUCUGGGCGCUGGGAAAUAUAGCUGGAGACAAUGCAGAGUGCAGAGACUAUGUGUUAAACUGUGUAAUACUUCCUUCACUCUUACAAUUACUAACAAAAUCAAGUCGACUUACAACAACAAGAAAUGCAGUUUGGGCUCUGUCUAACUUAUGCAGAGGGAAGAAUCCUCCACCAGAUUUUAGUAAGGUAUCUCCGUGUUUGAAUGUAUUGUCAAGGCUUCUCUUCAGCAGUGAUCCAGAUGUGUUGGCAGAUGCUUGCUGGGCCCUUUCAUAUCUCUCAGAUGGACCCAAUGACAAAAUUCAAGCAGUAAUUGACUCUGGUGUUUGUAGAAGACUAGUGGAGCUUUUGAUGAAUAGUGACUACAAGGUUGUUUCCCCUGCAUUGAGAGCGGUUGGAAACAUAGUAACAGGUGAUGACGUUCAAACUCAGGUAAUACUUAACUGCUCAGCAUUGCCCUGUCUCCUUCAUCUACUGAGUAGUCCUAAAGAAUCUAUAAGAAAGGAAACCUGUUGGACUGUUUCUAAUAUCACUGCAGGAAACAGAACUCAGAUCCAGGCUGUAAUAGAAUCAAACAUAUUCCCUGUACUAAUUGAGAUUCUACAGAAGGCUGAGUUUCGCACAAGAAAGGAAGCCGCAUGGGCCAUCACUAAUGCAACAUCAGGAGGAACACCUGAACAGAUCAGGUACUUGGUGUCCUUGAAUUCCAUCAAGCCUCUUUGUGACUUGCUGACAGUGAUGGACUCUAAAAUAGUUCAAGUUGCUUUGAACGGUCUGGAAAAUAUUUUAAGAUUGGGAGAGCAAGAAGCAAAACAGAAUGGUACAGGCAUCAACCCUUACUGCUCCUUUAUAGAAGAAGCAUAUGGUCUGGAUAAAAUUGAAUUUCUCCAAAGUCAUGAGAACCAAGAGAUCUAUCAGAAGGCAUUUGAUUUAAUAGAACACUAUUUUGGUGUGGAAGAAGAAGAUUCCAGCAUUGCCCCACAGGUUGAUGAGACCCAACAACAGUUCAUCUUUCAGCAACAGGAGGCACCAAUGGAGGGGUUUCAGCUGUAACUACAAACCCACAUAAUUUGAACAGCCUCCAGGCAAGAGUUCUCCAAGUUUAUUUUGUUAUCAUUAACAUUAUUAUUUAAAUGUUGUUCUUCUUCUCAUGGCCAAAGCCUGAAACUGUCCUAUUCUUUAGAGGGUUAAUGUAAGGCAGCUCCUGCACCUUUUAUUCCUUUUUUUUUUUUUUAAGGUUCAUUUAAAUGUUUGUGUAAACUAUUUUCUUGGAAAUUUAGAAAGCUGCACUUGAUUUAUAUAUUUAAUUUAAAUAAAUGGAAAUAUGUGCAUGGUUUGUAUAGUAUUUUAGACCAUGUCAUACUUUUAAUGUCUAUUUACCUUAUUUAUUCUGUUUAAAGAAUCUAUUAGAAAAAAAAAUCUUCUGUUUAUAUAUGGGUUGCUUUAUACUGUUACACAACAGUUCAUCUGAAAACAUUUUGUUGGCUGCAAAGUAUUUGUCAGUGAAUUUGAUUGCAGCACUGCUGGUCGUUACUUUAUAUUAAGGUAAAGGGCAGAACAGAAGAGAAGUACUGCUCUCCCAAGUAAUUUUCUGAUUUUAAAAUAUAUUCUGAAUUCAGAUUGAUUUAUACUGCUUUAAAGAACAUACCUGCGGAUUAAAUUUUUUUCCCCGCGAUAAUGAUGUAGAUUAUCAGCUUAUUACAUUGCUGUUAUGAAGCUCAUAUUUAUUUUUUUUUUUUUUUUUUUUUUUUUUUUUGUCAAAUCAAUGAAGCUGCAUCACAUUUUAAUAGAUUUCAAUUUUCUUUUGUAUUAUCUUUAUAAUUAUAAGUAGAUAUAAUUGAUUAAACAUGGCUUCCGUGGGUACUGUACUGCUUAUCAAUUAGGGCCAAAAAUGUAAAUCGUAUGACUGUUUUACAAAACUUCUCCGCUGUGAAUUAAUUAAUUCUUUGUAUAUUAUAUAUACAUCGAACCUUUGUAAAGGCUUGGUAAAUCUAAAUUGAUAUUGCAAUUGUCAUUCACAGGAUUUUGAUUAUUUUAAUAUAUUUUGUCUUUUAAAAAAAUUGGUUGUUAAAGAAAUGAUCAGAUUAUACAGUCAUGUAUAUCAGUUUUUUUUUUUUUUUUUUUUUGUAUACCAUACUGUGAAUGUUUCUAAGGAUUUUUUAUUUUGUUUCACAAUUAUUGUCCAUUGCAGUCAAAUCAACUGGAAUAUAAUGUGAGAUCUUUUGUAAUGGGAAGGAUGGGGCAGUUUUUGUUCACUGCUUUGUUAUGUUUACUAAACUUUAGUGUCUACUGUGCUGGCAUACCUCACUUUUUUAAGCAUUUAAUUCUCUACAUAAUGUAACAACUUUUCAAGAAAGCAACGAAGUGUUACAUUAGUGAUUCAUUAAUAUGAUACAAUUAUGCAUAUGGAAUAUGUAUUCCACUGUUUGGGGAUGUUUACUCAAUUCUGUACUAUCUAAUAAAGAAAAAAGUGAUCAACGUGGCCUAAUAAACAGUAUCAGAAAAGCA